AUGGUGACUACGUCUGACGAGAAAAGCCAAGGCGUGCAAGACGUAGUACCGGAUGCCGCCUUGGGUAAAAAGAAUCUACACAACCUCGACUUCAACGCUCAAGCAGCUCUUAUUUUGGAUCAAUAUGCUGCUAUUGUAGCGGAUAUGAGAGAAUGUGACCAAGUGAAACAUGAUAAAUCAGCACAUCCAAUCGCACAUAUAAAGCUAACAUCUAGGAUUGAAGUAAGGAUCCAACAGGUCAGAAGCGACCUUGAUAUCCUCAACACUAUAUAUGAGCGCAUUAAGGCCAGCAAACGACAUCGUAAGAAGUAUACAGAUGAAGAUUUACGUAAAUUUGAGGAUACUUUACGUAACCUUGAAGAACAAUGUGAUAUGUACGACUCUGGGAGGUACAAGAGAUCGACCACCGUUCGUCGUCGUAUCAAUUUGGAUUUGAGUGCCCCGGAGGGCAGUGCCACUGUAACUGAAGAGGAACAGAUGAAGGCCCAAGAAUCAAUUCAUCGAUGGCGUCAGCGUGACGAAGAGUUCGAUCAGCAACUACAAGAGAUUGGUGAGGCUGUAGAGCGCAUAGGUGAUGUCGCAGUAGCCAUUGGUGAAAAAGCCAAUGAACAGGCUAAGAAAGCCAUCAACACAAUGGAGCAAGUGCAGAAUACCACAUCGGAUAUAUCUGUUGUAUCUCAGAAAAUCAAAACUCUGCUACGCACACGGUUGUCUAUAGAGUUCGCGUUCCGUAUCGGUCUGAUCCUUACGUUUUUAACAGUGUUAUGCGUGUUCGUAUACGCCUUGCUGAAGUUUUUGAAAUCGUGA